CAACAAAGGGUCUCCGAUACAACACUUGUCCCGUCCCGUCCCCUGACCCCAUUCUCCGGACCGGCGCUUGGUUCCGUGGAAGUUCCUGAAACUAGCACCUGCCACUAUUCGAUGACUGCAAGAGAACUGCAGUCAGUACCACCGAAGAAGACCAACAUAUAAAUCAAGUAAAGCGAAGGCUGAUCACAUACAACGAGGUAACAGCCCAGGUAUAAAAAGGCUCAAAGGGAGAAGAGGAAAAGAGAGAGGACGAAGAAAGUCCGACACAGAGGGAGAGGGGAGAGUAACACCAGAGGAUUAAUCCAAUAUCGAGUAGGGUUAUCACAACGCCGCACUUGGUCCUAUUCUACCCCGUUUAUCCCUCACCCUCUGCAUAGCUCAAAUCUGGAACACCAAGAUGGCCGGUACCAGGAAUUACGACUUCUUGAUCAAGUUACUGCUGAUUGGGGACUCUGGGGUAGGAAAGUCAUGCUGUCUAUUGCGGUUCAGUGAAGACUCGUUUACUCCAUCAUUCAUUACCACAAUCGGAAUCGAUUUUAAAAUUCGUACUAUCGAAUUGGACGGCAAGCGCGUGAAGCUCCAAAUAUGGGAUACGGCCGGGCAGGAGCGAUUUAGGACUAUUACAACAGCCUACUAUAGAGGAGCGAUGGGCAUCCUUCUCGUUUACGACGUCACUGAUGAACGGUCAUUCCAAAACAUUCGUACUUGGUUCUCAAAUGUCGAACAACACGCAAGCGAAGGAGUUCAUAAAAUUCUCAUUGGCAAUAAAUGUGACUGGGAAGAGAAGAGGGCCGUAUCAACCGAGCAAGGACAGCAAUUGGCUGAUGAGCUUGGAAUCCCGUUCCUUGAAGUUUCGGCAAAAAACAACAUCAACAUCGAGAAGGCUUUUUAUGACCUGGCCUCUGAUAUCAAGAAAGGAAUGGAUACAUCAAAGUCUGAACAGGUUGGCUCUCAGGGCGUGAGCAUAGACCAGCAAGGUUCUGGGUUGAACGGCAAUGCGGGAGGGAAGUGCUGUUAAUUUGACACCGCUUACCAUGUCGACACCGGGUUACUGCUCUUCCUUACGACUCUGUGCCUUCCUUUGCGUGUUACAGGUUUGUGUGCCACAGCUUCAACAUCAAUACCUUCGAGGUUUGAAUAGAUGCAGGGAAGCUGAUUGGUUGAUGGUGCUCCUAUUCUACGUAUGUUGAUAAUGAAGGUAGGGGCUUAUGGCUAUUGUGAAUGUCUUUCAUUUUCUUUGUCCUGGGUUCACCUGCGUUUUCAUCCAUUCCUGCUGUUAGAGUUUCUUAGGCGGCGUUCUUCUUCUGUUGUAUUCAAUUAUUAGUGCCGGUGAUAUUAGGCAUAAAGUAUCUGACAAGCACCUUGACGUACAUAAUAUACGUUAGGGAACUCCCUGACAAAAAUAUGGCUAGAACUGUAUGGUACUAGAUG